AACAACUCAGCUCGACCCUCACAUAUCACUAUCGAAAGAACUCCGCUUCCACCUCCCACCCUCGCCUUGGGAGUUGAGACAUUGUGCCAUCUCGGCACGCCUAACCCGAGCCCUCCGUCAUAUUUCACAAAAAUAGCACGCUGCAGCUCGGCAUGAAUUGUCCGGGCAACACCAUGUGGAGCCACGCAUCGUCACAGCCUCAUGUCAGGGUCUAACUUUCCAGCUGAAAGAUGGGGUGAUACGCUAGGGGCUGGGCUUGCCAGAAUAUUCAUAUGGAUCGUCGCUGCCUGUGAAUUGAACUCGUAUUUAGUCACCCGAUCGCUCGAGCGCAAACCCCUUUCGCGACUACUACGCAUACAUUGAAUACACUUACUGUUCUGCAAGCACACCGAUACUUUGUUCAGUUCUUCUUCGACACACUGUUAUAAGACAAUAUAAUCGUCAAUAUGUCUGCAGUCUCUUCUGCAAUCUCCUCCGUCGUCUCCUCCGCCGUUGCGAGCGCGACACCUAGCGGCGCAUCCUGCGCAACCGCAGACUUCACACAGUUCCCCACACAAGAUGUCGCCUGCGCAGUCGGCAGCACCACCGUGACCCUCGCCAGCAACACAUCCUCCGUCCUAUCACAAUGCUGCAAGUCCGCCCCCGUCGAGUCCUUCAAUGGCGACUGCGGCUACUACUGCCUGUCAGUCCAGCAGUCUGUAUCUGACUUGCAGAGCUGCUUCAUGGAGAACGGUAUUGCGCCAGGAACAAUCUUUUGCAACAGCAACAACACCGCGACUGCGACAGGUACACCUACCAGAGGGGCUAGCUCGACGGCGAGUGGCACACGGGGAGGCAGCAGUGGGACGGCUAGCGCUGGCGCGAGUGGAAGUGCGGGUGCGGCGGCUGGUGUUGUGGUACCGCAGGUCAGCAAGGCGGGAUUGGGUGUCUUGGGUAUGAUUGUUGUGUCGGUCUUUGCUGGAGCUAUGUUGUAAGGGUUAGCUGUGAGGUGGAGGAAUGAGGACAUGUAUACCACGAUUGUUUUGGGACGAGGGUUGG